AUGAACGACAGCCAGAGAGAAGACCGCCACGCGGACAGGCCAUAUAGUCACUUCAGCAAGUACGAGAGAGUAUUCAUUAUCGCUAUGGCCGCGCUUGCUUCUCUCAUGUCCCCGAUUUCGAGUCAGAUAUAUUAUCCAGCACUUCCCGUACUUGCUGAUCACUAUCAAGUAUCCGAUACAUUGAUCAACCUCUCCGUGACUGUUUAUAUGAUCAUUCAAGGGCUAGCACCGUCAUUCAUGAGUAGCUUUGCUGACAUAAGUGGACGCCGACCAGUUUAUAUCACAUGUUUCCUCAUUUAUGCUGCGGCUAAUGUCGGGCUGGCACUUCAAGAUACCUACCCAGCGCUAAUGGUACUCCGCUGUAUCCAGAGUGCAGGUAGUAGUGCAACAACGUCGCUUGGCUACGGAGUCGCAGCAGACAUUGCAAGUCCAUCUCAAAGGGGUAAAUACAUGGGCCUUAUAACUACCGGCUUGAUGACAGCCCUCUCACUGGGCCCCAUCCUUGGAGGCAUCCUCGUUCAAUGGCUUGGUUGGAGGAGCAUCUUCUGGUUCUUACUUAUCCUAAGUGGGAGCUACUUACUGAUCUAUACUACAACGAUGCCGGAGACUUCCAGAAAAGUCGUGACCGAUAGACACAGAGUUCCACGUUCGUGGUGGAGGAAGAGCUUGGUCCAACAAUUUACUUCCCGUCAUCACGAUCCGCCAACAUCGAUUGAUGUACCAGCGCAUCGGGUGCAAGCUCAAUCAAGCACCACCAAAAAACCUGGAUUCAAUCCAUUACAGUCUCUAAAAAUCUUCCGAGACAAAGCAGCAUCCAUCGUUAUAUUACACAUCGGGUUGGCCUAUGCCUUACAGAUCGCCAUCAUGACGAACAUGGCCAACACCUUUGGUCAACUCUAUCAUCUCAAUACGUUCAAGCUUGGCCUAUGUUUCCUACCCAUCGGAAUUGCUGGAUGUACAAGCUCUAUGCUGACUGGAAUAUUCACGGAUCUGAAUUACCGACGCAUUGCACGCAGAAUGGAGGGCACAAUUGCUACUACUACUACUACUACUACUACCGCUCCGUUGUUUUCUGAGAUCAGCGACUUUCCGGUAGAGAAGGUCCGUCUGCAAGUUGCUUUGCCACUACUUGGUGUCGUAAUCCUAGGCGUAAUCCCAUAUGGCUGGGUUUUGAGCCAGAAUAUGCCUCUGUAUGUACCGUUGAUCUUGCAGGGCGUGAUUGGAUUCUGUGCCACUGGGUGUGUGAAUAUCCUGAGUGCCCUUCUUGUGGACUUCUUUCCGGAGCAACCUUCAACGGCAUCGGCAGCUGCGAACCUUGUUCGAUGUUGGCUGGGUGCGGUGCUGGCUGCAGUAUUGCAGUUUUUGAUUUCUGGAAUGGGCAGGGGUUGGUGCUUCACUUUUUUCGGCCUGGUGGUGCUUGUUGCAUCCCCAUUGCUCUGUGCAACAUAUUGGCGUGGAAUGAAGUGGCGCACGAAAAGGAUGAAUCAAGCCAAACCCGAUGAAGGAACUCGGCUCGCCGAAAGAGAGCACUGUGCGACGGCAACCGGUUCGAAAAAUGGGUCGGAAAGCUAGGAAGGCAUACAGGUGAGAGGGCAUGAGCGUGGGUGCACACGUAUUUUGUGUAUUCAGGAUGUACCAUAUUAGCAUGAAGAGGUAGCCUGGGGAAUCACUUUGGUCCGUG